AUGGAAGUGCCGAUCACGAAGCCCAAGCUGCGACGCACAUGUCGAGCCCGACGGCCGCCGGAGCGGUUGAGCUUCCACGCCUGCCUACCGCCAGCUGCCUUCACCACGGUGUACGACGAGGUCGACGACGACCUGCUGGAGCAGCACUCACAUGCGCUGGAGCAGCACUCACAUGCGCUGGAGCAGCACUCACAUGCGCUGGAGCAGCACUCACAUGCGCUGGAGCAGCACUCACAUGCGCUGGAGCAGCACUCACAUGCGCUGGAGCAGCACUCACAUGCGCUGGAGCAGCACUCACAUGCGCUGGAGCAGCACUCACAUGCGCUGGAGCAGCACUCACAUGCGCUGGAGCAGCACUCACAUGCGCUGGAGCAGCACUCACAUGCGCUGGAGCAGCACUCACAUGCGCUGGAGCAGCACUCACAUGCGCUGGAGCAGCACUCACAUGCGCUGGAGCAGCACUCACAUGCGCUGGAGCAGCACUCACAUGCGCUGGAGCAGCACUCACAUGCGCUGGAGCAGCACUCACAUGCGCUGGAGCAGCACUCACGUGCCUCACGUACCAGGGAGACGACGUUGCCUGCGAGCGUCGCAUGCGACGCCCUGCACGGUGGAGCAGUCGCUGCUGGCCGACCACGCCUGCCAGCCGCCCCCAAGCUGCCCCCACGCUGCCAGCACGUGCAAAACAUCUUGACUGCCAGCGAAGGUAGGAGAGGGUUGGACGCAGGGGGUGCAGUCGCGGGCUCACGGAGGGCUUUUUCCUUGCUUAGGUUGGCUGAUGAAAUCUUACCUUAG